AUGAUUGCAGUUAUAUUGAUAUACAGUUUUUUAAUUUCUGGAAUAUUUGCAGGCUUGGAUGAUCUGUGCCCAAAUUCUAUUGCCCCUACAUCAGAUCAGGCACCUUCCACUUCAGGUCAGCGUCAGUCACGUCCACCAACCGGUGCCAAGAAAAAUUAUUGCUUCACGAAAUACUUGCAUUUGCAAGGUCCUUGCAGGUCCGGCGAGUUAGAAAGCUAUGAUGAAGCGAUUUCAACUAUGAGGGCCGAAAAUGAGAGGUUACUUGGACGAAUAAAAAAAACGAAGCGAGGAAUAAUGCUGCUCAAAUUCGAUCAGAUUCAACUUGAUCACGAAACAGACGAACAGUUGGCAAGUCUAGGAUAUACAAGGGAGAGUGUUCAGCGUAUGCUUGCAGAUAAGUUAAAAUCAGCCAAUAUUCUUUUGAGAUUAAUCAGUAAGUUGUAUAGAAAGCAAUUAGAUUCCAUGAUGAAGAUUGAGGCUCGAUUGUCUACUCGUCAAUGUUCUGGAAUUCGAAAUAUACUUUCGAAAACAUCAAAGUACUUUAAACUCCCAAAAAUGGUUUCUAUUGAACUUUUCGAUAUUUUUGGCGACCCUCAAGGUGGAUAUGUCAGCAUGUUCCCAAAAAUGGCCCGAACUGUUGGGAUAUCUGGAUCAAAUGAAGCUACCCAAACGACUGAACCAGAUCAAUCAACCGAAACUGAUAUACAAGUGGAUUAA